AUGGCGGCACCAACGCGAGCCACACGCGUGGAGACCGUGAAUGAAGUGCUCUCUAACCUCUUUCCGAAUGGUUUUACGGAUAUUUUCCGCUUCAGUUAUGCCUCAGAACAACCGACACAAGCGAAUAUUGCAACACAAGACACAGAAGAAAUGUCAAAGUCAGCAUCUGUUGCAACACCGGAGACAACAACUGAGGCCAAGCUAACCACAGCGCCUAGUAGUACAACAACAACCGAAAAGCCAUCAACGGAAAAACCAGAACAAUCACACACAAAAGCUUUCUACAGCUACGAAACAAGUGUCUCAAAGGAAUAUCGACGCGAACUGCGUCCUGGACAUACGGAGAUUGUGGUGGAGAAGCUGCARCUGUUGCCGCGCGGCGCCAACGCCGGCAGUGACGAGUUCAGCGAUGGCAGUAAUCUAAUAACCAAAGACGAUUUGUUGCGGAUCAAUCGGGCGGCAGCAGAUGCGCCCGUCUUACCAAGUUUGUUAAUGAAUCCCAGUCAWGAGAAUGCUAACGGUACAGUAGAGCAGCAGUCAAAGAAGCAAACGCCAAUCAUUAUACUGAGCGACGAUAAUAGCGCUGAUAUGGAGGGCAUAAGUGCUGAAGACAAUCUCAUUGCUGAGUCUCAGAAUGUGGGUCAACGUGUCUAUCAGCGUUUGCCGCUUGAUGACAAGCCAUAUGGUUACAAAGUGGGCGUGCACAGGCAGCGCUUACGACCCGACACUGAAGCAAACGUUAGACUUAUACACGGCGAAUCGCCAAAUUUGUCAGACUCAAUAAGCCAACAACCGAUUUUUGUGCCCGAACCGGAGCCACCAGCCGGCGAUGACAAGACUGAAUUAUUUGUGGAAGUUUCAAAGCAUGAGGCGCCCAGCCAACAACUGGACAACUUCCAGGAGCAUGCAGAACAAACUUUUCAUCAACUGAGUCCAACACAAGAGGCGCCGUCACGUCAGUUUUUGCGGAAUUUCAAUCCGGUGUUGUCCCCGGGUGCGGCCCCCUCAACGCAGAAGGCUUCCUUCCAUUACGAGUCGAAUGCGCUACAGCCGAUUAUCUUUAUACACGACGGAAAUCAAGCCAGUAAUCCGAGUGUGGGAUCUGGUGUGGUUGCAGCAAAAGUUGAAAACGCGGCACAACUUCAAAAGCAAUCCGCCACAGAGCUACCACGCCUGCCACUACUGCAAUAUGACAAGGAUGCCGCGCAGAUACCUGAUAAGCGACAACAAAAAUUUGUUCAACCAACACCCCAAUAUGAACAACAACAACAGCAAUUGCAACAGUUCCACAAAGAACUAAAACAACACCAACAACGUCAACAACCGAUUCAUCAGCAUUAUGCGAUUUAUCAGCAACAUCCGCCUCCACAUGAAUAUAAGAAAGGGAAGCAACAGCAACAGCAACAACAGAACGCUUAUGGGCAACAGGAGCAACAACAAGCUGUAGAGUUGACACGACGACUGCAGCAACAGCAGGAAGAAGAGAAACUAAAAGUACAACAGCAACAGCAAAUGCAAGAACAGCUAAGUAUACAACAAGCACAACACGCAGCUCAAWGGCAAAAUAUUCAACAACACACGUCAACGCCACAGCAGCCUUACACACAGACUCAAUCUCAACAACAACAAUAUGCCACACAGCCCUCGGCGCCAAGUCCAGCUUCUAAGCUGGAAACUCAAAUUUCUGCUGAUUCAGUAGCGGCUCCCGCCUCUUUCAAUCAACAGUCCUAUCAGUAUCCUUUAGUCACUCCCUUGUCACACAAGGCUCCAGCCACACCCACGCCUCACAGUGUAGUCUUUGUUACGCUGCACGCGCCCACUCCGCCAUCACAGUUCGUUAAAGCCCAAACCUCGCCACCCACCUACACUCAGAAAUCACGACAUGAGUACGUCUCGGCAGCGGUUAAUGGAGCUGCGACUUCGCAGCAUCCCCCACAUGUGUCACCUACACCACCGGCAAUUGUACGACGUCCACAUGGCGGCUAUACAUUUGUCGAAGUACAAAAAUCAGUGAAUAUCCACAACAAACUGAUCACUGAGAAAGAUGGCAAGUUGGUUGAGGAACACGAAACAAUUUAUCCGCUGCCACAGUAUACGUCACAACAAUAUCAGCAGCAGAAGCAACCCGGCAUUAUACAGUCGUCGUCCAAAAUCGCAGCUAUUAUCCCGCCACAAUCGCAACAAGCAACACAGCAGCCUGUGAAGCCCAGUGCCACAGAAGCACCUGCAAAUCGAGCUGAGGUUCCGCACACUCACUAUCCUAUACAAUAUGCCCAACAACUAGCGCUGAUUGAGGAGGGUAUCCAUCCAAAUGACUACAUUUUUGUACCCAAGGAGUAUGCAACGCUCUCGGCCAAUCCAAUAAAUGUUCAGCACAUCGAUGAGCCCGAACAGCAAGAGGAAGCUUCGUCUUACGCGCAUCAACAACAUGUUUUACCACUGUCAAACCAUCAGCAAUCCAACGAGCAUAACCAUGCCGGCUAUGAAAGGGAACAACACCCACAAGAAUACGUGCAAUAUGUACAGCAAAAUUAUGCUCAACCCGCCGAGCCGCAGCCAGAUCCACAUCCGGCGCAACAGCAAACGCAACACGCUACUAGCGAACCAAAUACCCAAGAAAUACACCCGCAAGCGCCGCCACAACCACAUACCGAAGAACACCACCCAGCUGUGGAAAAGGAGGUUGUCGAGCAAGUGGUCACGCAACAGGUUGAGAAAAUCGUUGAGCGUCCUGUACAUAUACCGUACCCUGUGCAUGUACAGCAAUACAUUGAUCGUCCAUAUCCCGUACAAGAGAUAGUCGAAACGCAUAUACCCGUUCCAUAUCCGGUGCCCGAACCAGUUCCAGUACCUGUACAUGUGGAACGCUAUGUCGAUCGUCCAUAUCCAGUUGAAAAGAUCGUUGAAAAACGUAUACCAUAUCCAGUCGAGAAAGUUGUCGAAAAGAUUGUAGAGAAAGAAAUACCAGUAGAAGUUGAAAAAGUAGUUGAGAAACUAGUAGAUCGUCCAGUACCCAUACCUAUACGCGUGCCUGUCGCUGUACCGGUACCGUAUGCACAUCAGCCACUUCCUGAAUAUAAUGAAAACGCCGAGAUUUACGGCCCUUCCUACCAUCCACAUCCGAAUGCGCUCGGCGGUUGGUCYGAUCAGACUGUAAUCGGCGAUUACGGCGUCCGUGGUCCCACGAAUCUGCAAAUACCGUCGAAAGUUUUGCAAAACUACUAUACACGCAUGCUGAAGAAACUACUGCCACAAGCACUGGCGCAGCGUGGUACACCAUCGUCUGAAUCAUCAACCUCGAACACUAUUUAUACACAUACWCAGGCACGGCCUAAAAAACCAACAACAAGCGCAGCAAAUUCCUUGAAGACCACAAAACAACCGAAAUCUGUCACACCAAACAGUUCACCAAACAAGCAACACUCCUUCAAGAUCGGCGAUAUACGCUUCGAUUUGAAGCCACCACCGCCACCACCAACUGGACCCGAAUGGUCGAAGGGUUCACGAUAUAUUUAUAACACCCUGCCGCAUGAUCUUCCCGUGGCGGAUUCGUCUGACGCCGAACAGUUGGCGGACACUUAUAACGGUCCCUUUGCAUCACACAACGAGGCCUACGAUGAGUUUCAACGCUGGCGCAAUGGACACACCUUGAAGCGCAGUCCACAAUUUGGCAGAAAUUUACAAAUGGAGUAUGGUUUCAAGCCGCCACUGGUGCCCUCUGUGGAGAUAAAUGAUCAAGGUAUACCUUUAAAUGCCGAAGAAAAGAAGACGGAGCAGUAAGUGAAAGUUAGUGUGCGAGAAAGCUGCUUURACGAGGUUUUAUACCAAUUUAUUUAUAUAAGCUGUCAAUUAACAUUAAAUUUUUAAGUUUUAUUUAAUUACUUAGCUCGUUUAACUUAUCUACUUUAUUUAAAUUCUGUGCCAAAAUAUCAAGUAAAUAAGAGUUUCUUCAAGUAUCGUUGGAAACACUCCUGUAUCAAAAAUGAUAAACUAGUUGAAGAUGUACGUGAAA